AUGUCAAAUCUCAAGGAGAAAAUCGCUGCCUUUGAGAACCGCAGUCUGAUGGCGUCCCAGCCUCCUCCUCAUCAUCAUAAAGAGCAGGUGAUUCAUUCCUCCCAACACCAACAACCACCACAAACGAAUAGCAGUGGUGGAUUGAAUGUUCCUCCGUCCGCAGUAGGCCAUGGUACUCCUUCUCCCUCAACUCCAUCUGUUGCAACGAAUAUUAAUCAUCACCACACCACAACACCAACAAUAUCGGCAAAGACUCCUAUGUCAUCACAUCACUCAAACGGAAAACAACUUCCACCAACACCAACGGAUAGGAGCUCUCUCAAUAUUGGACUUUCAAGAAACAUAAAUCCACCUCCUCCACCGAACACUACUCCCCGAUCAGCAACGAUCAUGACAUCACCACCACCACCACCACAACAACCCAAUAAUAGUAGUAGCAAUUCACAUCACCCAAUCACACCAAUGGAGUCAUCACCUCCACAGAAUGGAAAAUCUGAGCAAAAUGAUCAAGAUGAUUCUACAUCCUCCAACGAAGAUGAAGAUAUCAUAAAUAACAACAACAAUGGAUCCAUGAACGGAGGAAACGGUGGUGAAGAAGAGCCUGAAUCCAUUUCUGAUAACAAUCAACAACAACACCCACAACAACAAAACACAACAACUUUAUCACAACAAAAAGUACAUUCUACGGACCUUCAUCAAUUACCAAAAAACAAACCUGCUGUACCAAAUAGAUUUAGAAACAAUGGAGGAGGUACCGUAGCAAGUUCUAGUGGCACUAGCUCAGCUCAAUUUAGACCCAAACCAAAUCCAAAAUUACCUCCAAGUCUUCCUCAACCACGACGUGCUCAAGCAUCUGUUGACUUUGGAAGUAGUCGUAUUAAUAUUGGUGGAGCAACAGGAUCACCUCUCUCUGAAAGUACCACGAAUAAUCUUUCUGGCAACAAUUUGACCGGUGGCAAUCUCGUAACCAAUUUAGAUCCAAACUCAGCUAUUUCGUACUCUGAUUCUGCAUCAGCAUCAAGAAUUUCAAUGAGAGCAGGUAAUAGUGGAAUGGUUUAUGCUUCUGGAUUGUCUUCACUACCUGGUGACAAGGGUCCACAAGGAAAGUUUAUUCCCUAUAUUCCAGCAGAAGUUGAGGCUGUCAUGAGUGUUACCACUGGAAGUGCUGGUGUACAUGCUCACACGAUCAGUCGAACAAGUAUGAGCAUCAGUUCCAUCGAUUUAGAUUCUGAAACUCAACAAUUUGCUGCCAUUUACAAACAUCCUACAAAACAGCAACAAGAUGCAGCCAUAGUUUUACAGAAAUACAUUAGAAGAUGGGAAGCCAGAAAGACGUAUAAAAAGAUUCAAAAAGCCAGAGUGAAUCGAGAAAAUUGUGCCAAAGAAAUUCUUUCUACCGAGAAGAGUUAUGUGGAAUCUCUCAACAUUCUUCAAGAAGUAUACUUAAAACCAUUCAAAGCAAUGGCUGCCAAAGAAAAACCAAUCAUCAGCAAAGAAGAAGUUCAAGCUAUUUUUUCUGACAUUGAUGUUAUUUUGAACGUCAAUACAACCUUUUUGAAUGAUUUAGAGGAAAGACUUAAAACCUAUGAACACAAUGUCCAGAUUAGUGACAUUUUCCUUACUAUUGCUCCAUUCUUCAAGACAUACUCACGAUACUGUAACAACUUUGAUAAGGCCAACGAGGUUUUGAAAGAAUGUAAAAAACGAGAAGAUUUCAAAGAGGUGGUUGUCAAGAUGGACAAGGAUAGCAGAACAUCCAAGUUAGGUCUUCAAAGUUAUCUUAUCUUACCUAUCCAACGUAUUCCAAGAUAUAGACUUCUUUUACAAGAUUUGAUCAAACACUCUGGUCCUGAUCAUCCUGAUUACAAGGGAUUGAAAAACGCUCUUGAUAAGAUUUGUGAAGUUGCUGACCAUCUUAACAACACAAUGAAAAUCAUUGAAGCUACCAAUGACAUUAUUAAGAUUCAAUCUCAAUUCUAUGGUGAUAUUAACCUUGUAGAGCCUCAUAGAAGAUUUUUAAAGGAAGGAGCGCUUCAAGAAAUUAUUUCUUCAGAUUUUACAAAAACAAGAGAUACCUAUAUUCAUUUAUUUAAUGACAUUGUACUAUUCUCUCAGAAAGGAGGAAAAUUUACACUCAAAGUUCAAUUUCCACUCAAUGACUUGGUUAUAUUUAAUUAUGUUAAUCAAGAUGAUCAAAUUGAUGAUUUAAUUUUCAAAGUACAGUCUCCAAGCAAAGCAAUUAUUCUGAAAGCAGCCUCCAAAUCUGAUAAAGAUAACUGGGCCAUCACCUUACACAAUCUUAUCAAGGAAUGUAAAAACUCAAAGCGAAACAAGACACUUAAUGUAGAUGAACAUACUAUUGCCGACGAUUCUUCAACAACGUUUGCUCUUGCUAUGAGCGAUAAUGAUGAAAUUACUAUUCCUCCUGAGGAAUGUGUUCGAAGAAUGAAAGAAGGAUCCACCAUGCUCAAGUAUUGUAGAAAUGCCAAACCUCACUUUAGAAGAUUCGUUCUCAGUAAUGACGGAACAGAAUUAAUGUGGGGAUCUCCAAACAAGCAAUCGAAUGAGUCCAUUGUUUCAUUAACAGAUGUGAAGAAGAUUUGUUAUGGACAAAACACAGCCAUUUUCCAAAAGUAUAAGAAUCCUGAUCUAGAAGGUCUUUCAUUCUCACUUCUCUAUAGAGAUAGAACUUUGGAUAUCGUAUGUAAGGAUAAGCAAGAAUAUCAUACCUGGGUUCAGGGUGUAACAUACUUACUCUCACACAUGGAAGACAUUCUCAAUCAGAAACGAAUUGCGCCACCCACUGCUUCUAACGAACCAAAAUUUGCGCCACCUGCCCUUGUACAUGACAUGGAGAAUGAAAAACAAAAAUUCAAGGAACAAUUCGAAAGAAUUGGAGAUGCCUAUACAUGGGGUCAAGGUGCUUGUGGCGGUCUUGGGCAUGGAAAUCAAGAAGACAAGAAAGAACCUCUUGUCAUGAAAGACUUUUUGUAUUUGGAUGUAUCUUUGGUUGCAUGCGAAAACUCGGCAGGUGCUGGUGUCAUGUUUACUGGAGAGUUAUUCACGUGGGGAAAGGGUGAGAAAGGUAGAUUGGGUCAUAGUGACACCAAUGAUAGAAUUAAACCUACCUAUGUGAAAGCAUUGCAAGGAAGGAACAUCAAACAUGUCUGUAUGGGUAAUUUACAUACGUUGUGUCUUGAUGACACUGGUACUGUGUUUGCUUUUGGUGAUUAUCAAUAUGGACAAUGUGGUCUUGAAAAAGUGGAUGGUUUUACUUCAACACCAACUCCUCUACCCAUUUGUACGAAUGGUUUCAAGGUUACUACGAUUGCUUGUGGGCAUUGGCAUUCAGCUAUUGUUUCCAAUGAUGGUCAAUUAUUAACUUUUGGAAGAGGAGAAGAUGGACAACUUGGAUUUGGAGAUAAAAGUAAUAGAGCUACUCCAACCAGAGUCAAAGGAGUUUUAGAUGACUAUAAGAUUGUAGAUGUUGCUUGUGGACUAUGGCAUACCAUGGCCCUUACUGAAGAAGGAUAUCUUUUCACAUGGGGAAAUAAUACCUAUGGUCAAUGCGGACACAAUAAUACUGACGAGUAUUUAUUACCAGCAUUUGUGGAGACGUUUAGAAAUAUGCCUGUUAAGCAAAUUGCUGCUGGUAGUGCUCACAGUGGAUGUAUAACAGAAGGAGAUGGAGCUGUAUAUAUGUGGGGUAAUGGUAUUUAUGGUCAAAUUGGAAACAAUUCAAAUACUCAUGCAUUGAGUCCUAUGAGAGUCAAGUUUGGCAAACUUAAGGCUAAGCAACUUGUUUGUGGUGUCAACCACGCCAUGACAUUGAUGGAAGAUGGAUCAGUGUAUGCUUGGGGUGCUGGUACUUAUGGUCGACUUGGUAUCAAUAGUGAAGGCGAUCAACGAGUUCCUGUUCGAAUAACAUUCUUCGAUGACAAGAGUGUUCGUACGCUUGGUGCAGGAGGUUCUCAAAGCGCAGCUGUGUGUGCUCACCAAUGGGUUCCAGACAAGGAUGCUACCAAUUGUAUGAAUGAAAGUUGCAAAGCUAAAUUCACCUUCCUUAGAAGAAGACAUCACUGCAGAUACUGUGGAGGUAUUUUCUGUGGAAAUUGUACCACAAAGAGAAUCACAUUACUUCGUUUUGGUUUUGAUGAACCAGUUAGAGUUUGUGACAAUUGUUAUCAAAUUUUAACAAAUGCUGCUCAAACCUAUAAGAGAUAA